AUGGGUAUGGAUACAGUUCAACCAAUGGAAAUAAGUCGUUCGGGAGGAAAUCCCCCCAAGACCCCCUAUGUUCCAGCAGAACCAAUGACUUGUGGACAAAAAACGAAACGAUGGUUCCGAAAAUAUUUUCUGGAAGGUCAACAUCUGGAAGAUGAUGCUGCGGAAGAACUGCAAAACCUGCCCGAACAUCCCACUUGGCAUGAUUUGAUCUUCAUUAAAUACAGAAAAUUUGUUGCUAUGCUGAUCCCAUUUGUGUUGAUGCAGUCGUUUUGGUGGAUGCUUGCCAUUCGAUGGAAUUUCUUCCAAUGGUAUCCUGAAUAUUGGCACAUGCCGGUCACAAUGAUUCUUGGUUCAUUUGUUGGAGGUAUGACCUCAGAGGGUAGUGGUGCAGUGGCGUUCCCUGUCAUGACAUUGGCGCUGCAUAUCGCUCCCGGCAUUGCCCGAGACUUUUCCCUGAUGAUACAGUCAUGCGGCAUGACCUCAGCGUUAAUGUGUGUGCUGUUCAUGAAAGUGAAAAUCGAGACUCGUGCUGUUAUCCUAGGAACAUUGGGAGCGAUCCCAGGUUUCGUUGUCGGUGUGCACUUUAUCGAUCCACUGUUUUCUGGACCUCAGAAGAAAAUGUUGUUCGUGUCAAUUUGGACCGCGUUCGCUAUUGCGCUUGGGAUUUUGAAUUCUCAAAAGAAGAGGGCCACAUUCAGAGAAAUCCCAGAGUUUUGUUUCUGGAAAGGUUUCGUGCUGUUCGUUACCGGCUUUGUUGGAGGCGUGUUCGAUGCGUUCGCUGGUUCUGGUGUUGAUAUUUGCAUCUUCUCAAUCAUCACAUUGUUGUUCCGUGUCACGGAAAAGACGGCCACACCCACCACUGUUGUGCUCAAAGGAAUAAACGCUGUGAUUGGAUUCUACUAUCGUGCCGCAAUGAUGGGAGAUGUGUCGGAGAUGGCUUGGAAAUACUUCGCGCUAUCAAUUCCCGUCUCAUCGAUCACCGGACCUGUUGGAAGUUUCCUCGGAUCACAUCUACAUAGACAGGUUGUUGCCGGUUUCGUCUACGUUCUGGAAUUAGUAGCGCUAACUGGAUUCCUUUUCACAAGACCAUCAUGGCAAUUAAUCGCCACUGGAGGCUGCAUUAUCUUUGGCGGUUUUGUGUUCUUCUCAUUCAUCUCAAAAUCUGGUCAGUAUAUCCUCAAGAAUUUGGAAGAAAAAGAAGCGAAACAACGAAGACAAGCCGGAAAUGUUUGA